CUCCUCCGCCAUGAUUAGUGGGAUUGUGGUUGGGGCAACAGGUGCUUAGUGGGGGACUCUUGUUGUUUCAGAUGCUGGUGACCUUCGAGGAGGUGGCUGUGUAUUUCACCCAGGGGCAGGGGGCUCUGCUGGACCCCGCGCAGAGAGCCCUCUACAGGGACGUCAUGCAGGAGAACUAUGAGACAGUGACCUCGCUGGGAUUCCCCGUUCCCAAACCUGACUUAAUCGCCCGGCUGGAACGAGGGGAAGAGCCGUGGGUCCCGGAUCUCCAGGCCUCUGAGGAAAGUGUGAGCCUGAGAGGCACCUGCGCAGCAGGUGAUAGGACAGUGAGUGAGAACAAGGAGGAGAAUCAGCAGGAGGAAGGUCCUGAGCAAGAGAGGUUUUUGAGAAAAGCUGAAGAGAAUUUUUCCCAGGGCCUGGAACAGGGAGAAGCCUGUGGAGAUGGACACGGAUCAGAGAUGCAGCUGGGAAACUAUCCCAGGAAGAAACUGGAUAAAUCCACUGAAUGUGGCAGAGGAUGGAAGGAUCCCAAGGAAAGCACAAUUCAGCAGGCAAGUCACAAUGAAGAGAAACCCUACAAAUGCCUUGACUGUGGGAAAAGAUUUAAUGCAAGGUCACAGCUUAUGUCACAUAACAGAAUCCACACAGGAGAGAAGCCCUAUAAAUGCUUUGACUGUGGGAAAAGCUUCAUACAGAAGUCAAGGCUUACUGUACACCAGAGAAUACACACAGGAGAAAGACCCUAUACAUGCUGUGAGUGUGGGAAAGGUUUUAUUCGGAGCCCAGAGCUUAUUAGACAUGAGAUCACCCACACAGGAGAGAGACCCUUUAAAUGCCAUGAGUGUGGGAAAAGUUUUAAUCAUAACUCAUUGCUUAUUAUACAUCAGCGAUCCCACACAGGAGAGAGACCCUUUAAAUGCCUUGAGUGUGGGAAAGGUUUUAGUCAGCAUGCAACACUUAUUGCACAUGAGAGAACUCACACUGGAGAGAGACCCUAUGAAUGCCAUGAAUGUGGGAAAGGUUUUAGUCAAUGUGUAACACUUAUUACACAUCAGCGAACACACACAGGAGAGAGACCCUAUAAAUGCCAGGAGUGUGGGAAAAGUUUCAGUGUGAAAUCAAGCCUUAAUGCACAUCAGAAAACCCACACAGGAGAGAGACCCCAUAAAUGCUUUGACUGUGGGAAAAGCUUCAUUCAGAAGUCAAAGCUUAGUGAACACCAGAGAGUACACACCGGAGAGAGACCAUAUAAAUGCCUUGACUGUGGGAAAACUUUCAUUAAGCGCUCAGACCUUAUUAAGCAUCAGAGUAUCCACACACCAAGUGACAAAUCCUAUAAAUGCCUCGACUGUGGGAAAAGUUUCCCUGACAGAUUAAAACUUACUGCACAUCAGAGAAACCAUACAAGAGAGAGGCCCCAUAAAUGCUUCUACUGUGGGAAAAGCUUCAUGCACAACUCAAGGCUUAUUGUGCACCAGAGAGUGCACACGGGAGAGAAACCCUUUAAAUGCCAUGAGUGUGGGAAAGGUUUUAGUCAGCGUGUACAUCUUAUUACACAUCAGCGAACCCACACAGGAGAGAGACCCUAUGGAUGCCUUGAGUGUGGGAACAGUUUUAUCUCAAGUUCAGACCUUGCUCACCAUAGCAAAAUUCACAUGGGAGAAAGACCUUAUAAAUGCCAUGAGUGUGGGAAAGGUUUUAAUCAGCGUGUAACACUUAUUACUCAUCAGCGAACCCACACAGGAGAGAGACCCUAUGGAUGCCUUGAGUGUGGGAAAAGCUUCAUUCAGAAGUCAGAACUUAUUCUACACCAGAGACUGCAUACAGGAGAGAGACCCUUUCAAUGCUGUAUAUGUGGGAAAACUUUUAUUCGGAGCACAACGCUUAUCUCACAUCAGAGAACCCACACAGGGGAGAGACCUUAUAAAUGCCUUGAAUGUGGCAAAAGUUUUAGUCAGAGCUCAAAUCUUAUUGCACAUAAGAGAACCCACACAGGAGACAGAUCCUAUAAAUGCUUGGACUGUGGGAAAAGCUUCAGUAAGAGCUCAGUGCUGACCAAACAUCAGAGAAUGCACAAGAAUGAGACUCCCUAGGAAUAGCUUGACUGCAGGAAAAGAUUCAAGUUGACUUCACACAUCAGUGAUCCACACAACAGAGACCUGGAAUGUGGGGGAAGCUUCAUUUGGUGCUCCCGGAGUAUCAGGUGUCUGCAAAUCCCCAACAGGAAGAAACCUCUGAGAUGUUCUCAGUGUGGAAAAUGCUCCAAGUGGCACUAACGCCAUGUUGGACGUCAGAGACUCCUCCACACAGCAGGGAAAUUCUCUCAGGACCCUGACUGGGACCGACAAUGGUGACAAACCCAUUUCCUUAUUCCCACACACAUCAGGGGCAUUUGGCUCCCAAGGAUCCAGCUGCCCGUCACCGGGGAGAGGAUCCAGCAGCAGCUGAGUAUCAGCUGGUCAGUGAUCCUCUGGCUCUGCCUGGUCUAAGCAAACCCCAGGCAGAGGAGGAGAAACCCCCAUCAGCCCCUCCCCCCUGCUGCAGCCCUGGCUGCUGAGCUGAUGGGCCACAGGUCGGGGGAGGGAAAGAGAGAAACUCCUCCAGCUGCCCCCUCUGCCUGGCUGAAGUCCCCCCCCCCUCCCUUCCUCUGCCAGCCGGGAUCCCCCUGCCAUGGAGAUGAGGAGAAGGACACUAGGGCCAGGCCCCACCUUCACGCUAAACACCUCUCCCCAUUCCCCAUCUUCCACCAUCCCCUGGGCUGGGCCCCCCACUGACCUGGAGCUUUUCCCUGCACGGGGAGUGUCCCUGGGGGCUGGUAACUCCUCCCCUCCCCACAUCCUCCACUGGAUCACUCACCCCCUCUGCCCCUUCUCCCUGCCCCCUUUGCAUUCAGACAGCACCAUUGGCAGAGACUGAUUCCCACAGGGCCUUUAGUUGGCAGUCUGGAUUUCCCACCUCUGCUACUACAGCAUCAGCCUGUGAGAGGGAAGCAGCGUUACCUAGUGGGUAGAUCACUGGCCUGGGACUCAGGAGUCGUAAGCUCUGUUCCCAACUCUGCCAGCAGCUUGCGGGGUGGCCAGAGACAAAUCUGUGCCUUCCAGAGAGGGAAUAAAUGGGGAGUGAUAAUAUCAGCCUCCGAGCGUCUGUCUAGGGCAGGAGAAGUGGUUGGGAUUAGCUGGUGCGUCUCCUUUGUUCCUCCACCCCUUUUUCUAGCCUAGACUGACCCUGAGCAGUUUAUUCCAAUCCCCCAUGAGCAAAGUGCUUGUUAGAGUCACUAAGUACCCCCUUCGCAGUGAGAUUGUCUCAUUCCCAGACAGCCUCACAUUGCUCCAGGUUCUGCUGAAAAGCAUUUCACUGUUUGUGCUGUUUCUCCCUUAUCCGCCAGCAUUCAAUAGAGUCUAAAUGAGCUGGAGCAGGGAUAUUGAAAUAAUGUGGUGUUUUAACUUCUGUGUUAUUUGAGGGGACGGGGUGAGUCUGGGGGAUUCCCUCCCGCCCCCAUCAAGCUCACACAUCUUCUCUCACAGAGCAGCCUCUGCCCAAGCCGUGCAGAGUUUAUCCUUUUCCCUUUCUACCCCUCCACCUUCACGUGUGUCAUUUACCACAGUGUCCUUUGCCCACCAUGCUUAGGAACCAGGCUUUGAUUUCUUUGAUCCUCAGUCAGGCCCCUGAGGGCUGGAGAAGAAAAUGUCCCAUUCCUGAAGGGGGAAUUCAAAUGAACCCCAAAGCACAGUUUGAGCUUAAAUCUGUGGCCCAGGUUACUUUUCUAGCUUACUAUAUUGGCUAGAGUGCUUUCUGCACUGAUUUGAUUGAUUAUGUUGUUAUCUUCAGGGAGUUUGGUUUAUACCGGAUCUCAAUAUAUAUUUCUCAGAAUAGUUGGUUGUAAUUCAAAGGAGCCUACAGGCCUGUAUCCUGGAAGAGGAAGCUUAGCUUGAGUCAGUUAGGAUAGGUGAUUGCAACCUUUGGCAUAGAUAAAUGUCCUAUUGGCGACCCCUUUGUCUCUGGGGGAACUGAAUAGAGAAUCGAAUGAAGAACCGAAGGUGUUCACCUUAAGUUUGGACCAGGCCGGUAACCACAGGGUGCUCUGCAGCAGAACAUGGAAGUUAUGAUUAAUGUCAAAGGUAAUGAUUUCAGGGAUGAGAUAAUGUAUGAAUAUAUGUCACAAUAUGUUAGCCUAUAGAAUAAGCGUAUCUGAAGAUAUCUCUGGGUGAGGAAGUAAGAUUUGGGCAUGGUAGAUUGGGCACGGCUAUGAAUAUUCAUGCCAUUAGAAAGACCCUAUAAAAGGGCAAACUCCCAUGCAGAGGGGUCGCUCAUUCGUCACUCUUUAUACCUUUUAUUAAGCUAUCAGCUCAUCCUGGCAACAUAGCCACUCCUCCGGUCCUGACUUCGACCUAGACCAUCAAAUCUGUUGGGCAUGCCAGAGACAAGGCUGGUUCUCUGUCUCCUACUACUCAGUCUUCAGGGAAGCGUGUGAGCAUGGUAGCUUAAAUAGUCUUUAGAGUAGGAAUGUUACCACCAGGAACUUUAGAAUUGUACUACUUAUUUGUGACUGUGCCUUGUAGCGUUAUUGCUUUUUCACUUGUUUUAAUAAAGAUCUUAAAACUCUGGUAUUGUCCUCAGUAUCGGUGCCCUUGCCACACACCCCAGGAGUCUGCUCCUGACAUAGAACUGUCUGUGUUUUUU